GUCUCUGAAGGGAGCAUUCUACAGGCUCAGCUCCUCCAAAGGCACAGCAGAAACUGGAUUUUGUCAAGUACACAGAGAAGCUCCUUUUUAUAAAACAGUUCUGAGAACGUCCAAGAGAUUUUUCCUCUGCCUUUGUUUGCCAUUUCUUUAAAAAAUCAUGUGCACGGGAGGUUGUGCCAAGUGCCUGGGAAUCACCCUCAUCCCCCUGGCUGUGCUGUGUACCCUCGUCAACAUUUUGCUGUUUUUCCCUGGAGGACAAGUGGUUGACAACAAUCAACAUAUUACAGAUGAGGUUUGGUACUUCGGAGGGAUCUUGGGAUCUGGUGUACUGAUGAUCUUUCCUGCCUUGGUAUUUUUGGGCCUUAAGAACAAUGAUUGCUGUGGAUGCUGUGGCAAUGCGAGCUGUGGAAAGAGGUUUGCGAUGUUUUCCUCUAUAAUAUUUGCUGCGGUUGGAGUUCUGGGAGCUGGAUACUGCUUUGCUGUGUCAGCAGUAGCCCUACACAAAGGCCCCAAGUGCUACACUGGAACAGAGUGGACCUACCCUUUCCAGGAUGGGAAUUACCUCACCAACCACACAUCGUGGAGCGUGUGUAAGUCACCCGAGAACGUCGUCACAUGGAACCUGACCCUCUUCUCGCUGCUGCUCAUCAUGAGCGGGGUCCAGGUGCUGCUCUGCGCCAUCCAGGUGGUGAACGGCCUGAUCGGGACCAUCUGUGGGGACUGCAAAUGCUGCGGGUGUUGCGGGGGAGAUGGAACUGUCUAA